AAUACAGAAGAAGAUAUGAUUAGUGAAGCUCAAAGUCCUGUGGUUAAGAAACGAUCUUCCUUGACUACUAAAUCUGCCUAUUCCAGAAGAUUACGAACUAGCCUCUGUUCCACUUCCUCUAACCAACAAAAUCCCAAGAUAGGUGCAGAAGAAGUAGGUGGUGCUCAGAUUUCUAAGAAAAGAGCUUCAUUGAGUGCUAAAUCUUCCCAUUCUUGGAGAUCACGAUUAACUUUCCGUUCCACUACCUCUAAACAAAGUGUAAAGAAAUUUCCAGACGAAAGUGCUGCUCUGAGCCAGAAAAGUUCUGUGUUGACCAAUAAAUCCUCUCUCUCUUGCUGGAGUUCAGAAGUUUCUGAAAGAUCUGCUUCAUCUAGAGCAAAGAAUAAGGCUGAGUUUGACCAGUUGAUAGCCACUGAAAAAAAUUUGAUUGUCGUUGAUUUCUUUGCAACAUGGUGUGGCCCUUGUAAAGCAAUAGCUCCUCACCUGGCUAAAUGGGCGGAAGAGUAUGAUGAUGUUACUUUUAUCAAAAUUGAUGUAGAUGAGAAUGAGGAUACAGCAGAAGCUUGUGGAAUCUCAGCAAUGCCUACUUUUCACUUUUAUAAAAAUGGCAAAAAGGUUGAUGAAAUAGUUGGUGCCAACCAUGAAAAGAUUAAAGAAAAAAUUCUUGCAUUGAAGUAGUCUAGGGUGUAGUUUUGUGAUAAUUUAGAAUGCCUUUCUGACACUUGUAAACUGUCCUGUAUAUUUUGUCUUAGUCAAUGAUGCCCAGAGUAGCCAAUUUUAUUCUCCCAAAGAAGUCUGUUCUAAAUAACUGAAAUAUUUGGAUUAACGGGUAUGUGUAUACACCUUGUACCCUUUUUUUCGCUUUUAAUUCAUACAUUUGCUCUUGUAAGUAGUAUCCUUAAAGUGGAUUAAACAGGACUAACAGUAUUGUUAAUAACUUAAUUUACUAUUUAUAUAUUUUUAAAAAAAAUUUUUAUGUGAAAUUAGUUUUUGGGCUCAUGGUAAAGUAAAAGUAAAAUUGAAUUAUUAAUGUGAGGGCAAAGGUAUUACAUAUAUGAAAUGUAGUUUAAUAAAUUAAUAUAUCGCAUGAAUUUCAAGCUAUAGAUGAUAAGGUCUGUAAGUUACUGGUGUAUGUGUGUUUGAUUUUUUUGUUACGCAUUUAUCUAAAUUAUAUAUACAGUACCACAUACAUAAUUGUCUAAAGGUUUUUCUUUUUUUUAAAUAUUUCUUAAAAUGAAAGUAAAUGUCAGUUUUUUCCCCCAAUGGUAUACAUUUUUAUUGCCAGUAUACAUUACUGACUUCAUUGUGAUGUUUGCUCAAGUUUUGCAAAUUAUUCUAAAUAAUAAAGCAAAAGUAAUUCUAUGUAACAUUUGGGUAAUAUAUAGUUGGCUAUUUUAAAACUGGAAUGGAUUAUUCGAUGUGUAGAUGAUAUUGAUAACAGCUGAUUCUUAACAAAAGUGUGUAGUGAUUUUAUUCAUCUUGUUUUUUUUUUUGUUCUGUUUAAUUAUUAAUGACAAAAAUUAAAAAUAAAGAUUCUUUUCUAAGGAAACUAAAAUUGUGCUUUUGUUAAAUUGUUGGAAUAAACUUUUUUUUUAGUGAUCA